AUGGACAUUUGUGUCAUCGAGAGAGCUGCGGAGACUCUCCUGGGUCCGCCGAACCUCGUAUCAGCGGAAAGUCGGCGUGAAGCUGAGCAGUUGUUUCACAAUAUCAAACAGGAACUUACAAUUGAGACUGCAGGACAAGUAAUACAGAACACGAAGAAUCAAUGUGUGCUCUUUCAAAUAGCACAAAUGACUGGAGAAAUUGUAUUACGUGACUGGGUAUUGCUAUCGAAGGAACAGAUCAUCCACACGUAUAAAAUGCUGUUGGAGUUUGUCGCGCAAAGAGAAGAGCUGUGUUCGUACUUUGCGGCUCGAAAGAAUUUGCGUUCUAAGGGAAUGCGCGAAAAGGAACUUUUCGCGCUUUCUCCCAGUACUCAGUCUGUGAAGUCGAAAACUUAUCAAAUUAUGCACAAACAGGAGUUUCUCCGCUCUGUCGCGAUGAUUCUCAAACGCGGCAUUAUCGAUGAGAAAACUGGUGACCAGGAAGAGCUUUUCGAAUUGAUACAUAGUCUUUUAGUGAACCAGCAUACGCGAUUGCAAGCCAUUGGAGGAGAAUUGAUCUCUGCUAUAACACAACAGUUUUCAUCAUCAUGGAGAAAUGCGAAAUUUAGUAUUACUUGGGAUUUUCAUGUUAGAGCAAAGACUAAAUUUGAGUCACUCUACUUGUAA